CUCCAAAUAAAAUAUUUGUACCAAACUUUCUUUAUAACUCACCCCAUUUCUUUCUCCAAAAAUAAUAUAUUUUCACACUGUUUUUUCUCCUCUCUAGUUUCUACUAUACAAACAAGAAAAAAAAUGGACAGUGCAACAAGAAGAGGGCCUUUUUGUUAUACUGCUUUACAAAGGAAGAGUAGCCUCACAAGUCUUUCUUCUUCAUCUUCUUCUUCAAUGUCAUCUCCAAGAUUUGCUGGUGGAAGAAAGUACUAUGAUACUACUAGAUUUCAACAACAACAACAACCCCAUUUCUUGGAUGCUUGUUUUCUUUGUAACAAACCACUUGGUUAUAACAGAGACAUUUUCAUGUACAGAGGGGAUACUCCAUUCUGUAGUGAAGAAUGCAGACAAGAACAGAUAGAUAUGGAUGAAGCAAAAGAGAAAAAAAUAAAUCUUUCAGCAUCCAAGGCUUUGAGAGAAAAGGACCAGACUACUUCUCCCAAAAAUUACCAUUUUCCCAGAGGCACAGUUGCUGCUGCUUGAGUCAAUAAACCCAAAAAUAUAUUACUACUCUACUUACUAUAUAUAUAUACUACUACUACUAAAAGCCUCAUUAAAGAAAAUGAGAUGAACAAGUAGAAUAGUUUUUUUAAAAUCUUUGAAUACUUUAGUAAAGUGAUAUGUAAAUGAUGAUAUGGAAGAGGAGGGUGUGUUGUUUUGGU